ACUGUUUCAUCACCUCGUUCUCCUCAAAAUUUUCCAUCCAAGUGCACAAGGCACUCGGAAAUUUGGGUGUCCAAAAUGGGGAGGCAGAAAUGCGGGGGAAGAAUAAGGUUCAUCAAGAUACUGAGUUUUUGAGUUAUAGUUCUAGAGACUCCAGGGAAAUGGCCAAGGAGAUUACUAGGAAAAUGAAAAAUAGCUUUCACAAUAGCUCAAUGACAAUUCCAACCUCCUUGUUGAGAGGAUAUGCAGCGGAUGAGAGCUCAUAUGAUGUAUCUGGAUCUGAAUCUGCAAAUGAUUCAGAUGUAACAACGGUGUCCUACAGAGAUAACAUUGACUGGAACAAGCGACAUAGGAGGUCAUCAUCCCGUUCUAGUGAAUCAUCAGUGAGUAGAGAGGCCAAGAAGAGAUCGUCUGAGAGGUGGAAAUUAACACACAAGUCUCAAGAGGUGCACAUUUUCAGCAGGGGCAGCACACUGGGUGAAAUGCUUGCCACUUCAGAUAGGGAAGGUAUUCCUGCAAAUUCUAGUGUCCUGGUUGGUGUGGAAGGAUGCAAUGAGGUUCGUCAUCAUGUUGAGCCUGCAGUUUGGAAUGAACCUUUAGGCAUUAGCAGUAGGGAUGGUUGGAAGGAUGGUUGUCUUGGUAAUCUUUCAAGAUCACGAUCUCUUCCUGCUUCAUCUACCGACUUUAGAAGUCCUAGAAUAAGCACACGCCAUGAAAGUCUUCUCAGAGACAAGUAUGUGAUUCCAAAAGAAGGUUUCAAGUGGGACAGAAGCAAGUCAGUAAAAGGCAAUUUUAACCCGAAGGAAGCUCCAUUACCUAGCAACCGAAUAUCAUGUGUUAAGACAUCCCAAUUUCGGGGUGGUAGUCGCCGUGAUAAGGACUAUGGCGACAUUCAACAAGAUUCUGAUAUCGCCCCAUAUCAAGUAAAACAAAAUAAGCAAUCUGAACAGAUACUUAUGGUCUCAGGGGAUUCUGUUGGUAUUAUUGUUGAUUCAAGUUCAGUUCUUGAAAAUGCAGUGGAUGUCAAUGAACUGAAUAAUUCUGUGCUUUCUGAAUGUUCUCACAUGGAAUUAUCGGCUCCUGCUUCAUCGAAUGCUGCCGUUGCUUGUACUAGUGACCUAGAUAAUUUGGACUCCAUGGAACCAUCUGAGGGACCAUUAGAGCAAACCACACCGCAUUGCCCUGCAUCGGAACUAUCUCUAGCAAGCUCUAAGGAGGCAGAGCAACCUAGUCCAGUCUCGGUUAUAGAAGCUCCAUUUGCAGAUGAUGUGUCAUCUGGUUCCGAAUGCUUCGAGGGUAUUAGUGCCGAUCUUCACGAGCUUCGGAUGCAACUUCAACAAGUAAAACUAGAUUCCGAGGCAUAUGAAGAGGGAACUAUGCUUCUUUCAAGUGAUGAUGAUUGCAAUGAUGUAACUAUGCUUGUUUCAAGUGAUGAUGAUUGCAAUAAUGUAUCUGUUGGUUUUAUAGAGGACAAUGGGAUACCAAAUGCCGAAGAGAUUUCCGAAUCCGUAUACAUAGUUGAUGUAUUGGUUGAUUCUGGAAUCGGUCAAGCCAAACUAGAUACCUUCUUAGCAGCAUGGUAUACUCCAGAAUGCCCAGUGAACCCACUCGUAUUCGAAGAACUCGAGAAAAAAUAUUGCCAUGUAAACUCUUGGUCAAGGGCUGAAAGGAGAUUGAUGUUUGAUAGGAUUAAUUCAAAGAUACUGGAGAUCUAUCGGCAAUAUAGAGACCAGCCCUGGAUAAUAUCUGGAAGGAAAAUUACUAUUCCGAAAUGCAACACCGAAGAGCUUGAAGAUAGCCUGCUCAAGUCACUAGCAAGCCAAAACAAGAAACCUCACAUGGAUGAAGGAGAGAUGGUGUUUCCAGGGGAAUUUCAAUGGUUAGACUUGAGUUCAGACAUCGAUAAAAUAGGCCGGGGAAUCGAGAGAUUGUUGGUAGAUGAAAUAGUAUCCGAGUCUGUGGCACUUUUGGUUUGGGAAACUUAUAAACAAAACUGAUGAAAUGAUGUCAUUUCAUGACUAUCAAUAAGUUCUAAAUUUUGACCAGCAAGAAUUAUCAAAACCUUGAGUGUCAAUAUAGGAGAAAAUGAUAGAGAAAAAAAAGGAAGUACUAUAUUCAUGUGUAAUAACAAGUUAUGUUGUACUAGCCAAAUUCCGAUGAAAGAGAAGGA